GCGUCGAGUUAAAGACUUAAAAGGUGCGUUGGUUUCGCAUCCUGGUUCGAAACCCCCCUUUUCGUUCCAUCAUUCACAGGUCUUCUAGAUGGCGAUUUAAAAACCAAAUUUAAACGCCAAACAGAGUUCUGAAGAAAAAAACAUGGCUGAAAAUCUUCAAAAUCAGCUCAAGGAAGUUGGAUCCAAGCUCGAGAACCCAGCCGCUAGUAAAGAUGAUCUUAUCAAGCUUCUUUCGCAAGCCACAGAAUCUCUCUCUGAGUUGGAUCAAUCACCACCAAAAGCAUUAUUGGACUCUAUGCAGCCUCUUCUGAAUGCUAUAGUCAAGCCAGAAUUGCUAAAGCAUGAAGACAAAGAAGUUUCACUUCUUGUUGCAAUUUGUACUUGUGAGAUUACCAGAAUUACAGCUCCUGAAGCACCAUAUGAUGAUGAUGUUUUAAAGGACAUCUUUCAUUUGUAUGUAAGCACCUUCAAUGGGUUAAGAGAUACCAAAGAUCCAUCUUUUGAGAGAAGAGUAAUUGUGUUGGACACUGUUGCUAAGUAUAGAUCAUUUGUUGUGAUGUUGGAUCUUGAAUGUGAUGAUUUAAUCAACGAAAUGUUCAAAACAUUUUUCACUGUUGCCAGUGAUGAGCAUCAUGAAACUGUUAUCACAGCAAUGGAAACAAUCAUGGCUGUUCUUCUUGAAGAAAGUGAGGAAAUUGGGGAGGAUCUUUUAUCCAUUAUUCUAUCUACUUUAGGCCGUGAUAAGAACGAUAUAACUGCAGCUGCAAGGAUGCUUGCCAUGAAUGUUAUAAAGCAAAGUGCUGGAAUACUUGAACCUGGAAUUAAGAAGUUUAUUUUAUCAUCAAUGUCAGGAGAUAACAGUUCUUCGAAUCCUCAAAUUGAUUACCAUGAAGUUAUCUAUGAUAUUUACCGUUGUGCCCCUCAGGCCUUAUCAAAAAUUGUCCCAAACCUUAAAAGAGAGCUACUGACAGAUAAAAUAGACCUUCGUUUAAAGGCAGUCAAACUGGUGGGAGACCUUUUUUCUAUCAAAGGAUCUUCCAUCCCUCAGACAUUUCAUCCAAUCUUUUUGGAGUUUUUGAAGAAAUUUAAUGAUAAAGUUGUUGAAGUCCGGAUGUCAGUUGUUGAAUAUGCCAAGCUAUGUUUAUUAUCUGAUCCUUUAAGAACAGAAGCUCCUCAAUUACUUGCUUCCCUAAGUGACAAGUUGUCAGAUGAUGAUGAAAGUAUACGCAAACAAGUGAUUGCAGUAAUUUCAGAUGUAGCAUCUCUGGAUUUAUCAUCCAUUUCACCUGAAACCAUAAAGCUUCUAGCUGAGCACCUUGAGGACAAAUCUGUUCUUGUGAAAAACUAUACCCUAGAGAGGCUUUCAGAUAUAUAUAGAACUUGGUGUUUGAAGAAAAUUGGUGGUUUGAAUGUGAAUCAUGACUAUGAUUGGAUUCCUGGAAGAAUUUUAAGAAGUUUCUUUGACAAAGAUUUCGGACCAAACACAAUUGAGCACAUUCUAUCCUCAUCCCUCUUCCCAGUUGAGCUUUCGGUCAAAGAUAAGGUCAAAAACUGGGUCAAACUAUUUUCAAAAUUUGAUAAAGUUGAGGUGAAUGCUUUAGAGAAGAUACUGGAGGAAAGGCAAAGGUUACAACUAGAGUUGCGAAAGUAUCUUUCACUCAGGGAGACAUAUAAGGACAGUGAUGCUUCAGAGCUCCAGAAGAAAACCACUGUUUGUAUCCGCUUCAUGUCCCACUGUUUAGCUGAUCCCAUAAAAGCAGAAGCAGAUUUUCAGAUUCUUAAUCAAUUAAAAGAUGAUAACAUAUGGAAGAUCUUGACAACAUUAAUGGAUCCCAACACUAGUUCUCUUCAAAGUAGGAGCCUUAGGGAUGAGUUGUUUAAGAUAGUUGAUGAGAAGCAUCCACUUUAUGAACUUCUAAGCACUCUUUUUAUCAAAAGCUCAUACAUAAUCUUUGACAAGGACUUUGUCAAAAAUCUUCUUCUAGAGACUGAACAACAGAAAUCUGAUGGGAACAAAUUGUUAAUUCAAUCUUGCAUGAAUCUACUUGUGAUCCUUUCAAGCUUCAGUCCUUUGCUGCUAAGUGGGAUAGAAGAAGAUUUGGUGCAUCUUCUAGAAGAUUAUGAUGAUGAGGCAAUCAAAGAUGGUGUUUUGCAUGUUCUUGCAAAGACUGGUGAAACAAUUCGAGAACAAUUGGGAGAUUCAUCUAGUAGAUUAGACCUUAUACUUGAAAGAAUAUGUUUAGAAGGUAGUAGGAAGCAGGCUAAGUAUGCUGUACAUGCAUUGGUGGCUAUAACAAAAGAUGAUGUGGUCAAGUCACUUUCGGUUCUAUAUAAGCGACUAGUGAAUGAGCUAGAGAAAAGGACGAAUUUGCCCUCUGUGCUACAGUCUUUGGGGUGUAUAGCACAGACUGCCAUGCCGGUUUUUGAAACACAAGAGAGUAAAAUUGAAGAAUUUAUUAGAAAAAAUAUCUUAAGUUGCAAUCAUAAACCAGUAAAUAAGGCGAAAAAAUCUUGGGAUAACAAAAGCGGACUUUGUUCAUUAAAGAUAUUUGGCAUUAAAACUCUGGUGAAAAGCUAUCUGCCUGUGAAAGAUGCACAUCUUCGUGUUGGUAUUGAUGAACUUUUAAAAGAUCUCCAUCAUAUACUUUCUUUUGGAGAAAUCUCAAAAGAUGUGGAAUCAAGUUCUGUUGAUAAGGCCCAUUUGAAGCUAGCUUCAGCUAAGGCAAUUAUUCGUCUGUCAAAACAUUGGGAUAAAAAGAUUCCAGUUGAUCUAUUUCACCUCACCUUGAGAACAUCAGAGGCUAGAUUUCCUCAAGUUAGGAAACUAUUUCUCAAAAAAGUACAUCAGUACAUAAAGAAUAGGAGUUUGGAUCCCAAAUAUGUUUGUGCUUUCUUGUUAGAUUUCAGAUUACAGAAACCUAUUCGGGAAGAGGAAAAUCAAAGUUUUAGUGAAAUCCUUGAGAUGUGUGAGCAAUGGAAGGCCAAUGGGAAUUCCUCAGUGUACAUUCUUCCCUACUUGAUCCAUGCACUUGCUCAUCAUCCUUCAUGUCCAAACAUUGAUGAAUGCAAAGAUGUCAAAGCAUAUGAACCUAUAUUCAGGAAAUUGUAUAUAUAUUUUUCUAAAUUAGCAGCAGGAAAUGAAGAUGGCAAGCCUGGAGUAGGGCUAAAACAGGAAGAUGUAAUUUCGAUAAUUUCUGUUCUUCGAACUAUCAAGUUCUCAAAAGAUGCUGUAGAUACAAACAUGUCAAAGAACUCGUAUGCAAUCUGUGAUCUUUGCUUGAUAAUCAUCAAACGGUUGGCUCAAAAACAUGAAGAUCUUUAUGAAUCGGUUGUGCCUCUUACUUUGCCUGAUGAGUUGUAUACACCACACAAGAAAAAGGAAGAGGAAAAAGAACAUGAGAACAAAGAAGAUGAGAUAGAAGAGGUUAACAAAGAAGAUGAGAAGAUAGAAGAAAUUAGCAAAGCUGAGAAUCAAGAAGAUGAGAAGAUAGAAGAAAAUAACAAAGAUGAGAAAAAGGAAGAAGAAAUUAACAAAGAAGAUGAGAAGAUGGAAGAAGAGAACAAAGAUGAGAAAGAAGAAGUUAACCAAGAAGAAGAGAAAAAAGAAGAUGAGAAGAUGGAAGAAGAUAGCAAAGACGAGAAAAAAGAAGAAGCAAUUAACAAAGAAGAUGAGAAGAUGGAAGAAGAUAAUAAAGAUGAGGCAAAAGAAGAGGUAAGUAACAAAGAAGAGAAUAAAGAAGAUGAGAAGAUUGAAGUAGAUAACAAAGAGGAGAAAAAAGAAGAAGAAAUUAAUAAAGAAGAUGAAAAAAAAGAGGAAACUAGCAAAGAAGAUGAGAAGAUGGAAGAAGAUAAGAAAGAUGAGAAAAAAGAAGAAGAAAUUAUUAACAAAGAAGAUGAGAAAAAAGAAGACGAGAAAAUGGAAGAAGAUAGCAAAGAUGAGAAAAAAGAAGAAGAAAUUAACAAAGAAGAAGAGAAAAAAGAAGAUGAGAAGAUGGAAGAAGGUAGCAAACUUGAGAAAAAAGAAGAAGCAAUUAACAAAGAAGAUGAGAAAAUGGAAGAAGAUAGCAAAGAUGAGAAAAAAGAAGAAGUAAUUAACAAAGAAGAAGAGAAUAAAGAAGAUGAGAAGAUGGAAGAUGAUAAGAAAGAUGAGAAAAAAGAAGAAGAAAUUAUUAACAAAGAAGAUGAGAAAAAAGAAGACGAGAAAAUGGAAGAAGAUAGCAAAGAUGAGAAAAAAGAAGAAGAAAUUAACAAAGAAGAAGAGAAAAAAGAAGAUGAGAAGAUGGAAGAAGGUAGCAAACUUGAGAAAAAAGAAGAAGCAAUUAACAAAGAAGAUGAGAAAAUGGAAGAAGAUAGCAAAGAUGAGAAAAAAGAAGAAGUAAUUAACAAAGAAGAAGAGAAUAAAGAAGAUGAGAAGAUGGAAGAAGGUAGCAAACAUGAGAAAAAAGAAGUAAUUAACAAAGAGGAGAAUAAAGAAGAUGAGAAGAUAGAAGAAGAUAACAAAGAAUAUAAGAAAAUAGAAGACGAGAAGAAAGAAGAAAUCAACAAAGAAGAUAAGACAAAAGAAGAUGAGAAGAUAGAAGAAGAUAGUAAAGAUGAGAACAAAGAUGAUGAGAAAAAAGGAGAGGUGACAGAAGGUCGGACAUGGUUGGCUGAUGAGAGUGUUUUUGCACACUUUGAGUCCUUUAUCUUGGAAGCUAAUGGCAAUAUUUCAUCAAAAGUCAAUGAGGAUGAUAUCAUGAAGGAUAGUGAAACAGAUGGAAACGAGAUUCCUUUAGGAAAAGUGUUAAAACGUUUAAAAGCCAAAGGAUCCAAGGCAAGAAAGGAAGUGAAAAACGGGUCCACACCCACACCCACACCCACACCCACACCCAAACCCACUGUUGAAACUGAAAAUAAUAAUGUUGAUAUCAUGGGAAUGUUGAGAGAAAUAAAUUCAGAUAAUUUGGUUGUAUCUGUAUCUGUAUCAACAACAAAGUUUGAUUCAAGCAAUGGUCAUGGUGAAAUUAAAACAGAAGCAGAUUUGAAAAGGAAAGGAAUCCCUGAUGAUCUAACCAAUGUCCCUGUACCCAAGCGUAGGAGGUCGACAACUUCUGCAAAAGGGCAUAAAAGGUCAUCUUUUAUAACCAGUGGAAUGAAGGGUGGGCCCACUUUCGGUAAUAAAAUGGAUGAUGAUGAUGAUGAUGAUGAGGAUGAUGAUGGACACAGUGAUUCAGAAGAUAAAGUUAGUUUGGAUAGAGGUGUGAUACAUAAAGAAGAGGGCAUGAUUACUGAUGAAGCUGAUUUGGAGAAGCCUAAAACGCCUGUGGAUAUUCAGAAAUCUGGGAAUCUCAGGAAGCGAAAACGAAGAAGGGUUUCACGAUUAGUAAAGUGCACUACGGAUGCAACCGAAUUUAAAACCAAAGACUUGAUUGGAAGACGCAUCAAAGUUUGGUGGCCUAUGGACAAGGAGUUUUAUGAGGGCUUAGUGAAGUCUUAUGAUCAUGAAAACAACAAACAUGUGGUAUUAUAUGAUGAUGGAGAUAUUGAAGUGCUAUGUUUGGAUAAGGAACGGUGGAAACUUGUUAAGAGUGGGCACAAACUUGCAGAGAGGAAGCUCAUGACAUAUAGUCCACCCCCUAAAGAAGGAACAUCUAAGAAACUUAAGUCAUCGGGUAGCUCCAAGCAAACUAAGGAUUCAACUACUGACAUAUCACCAUCAUCUAUGGUAAGAGGCAAAAGAACCCCAAGACAGAAUUUAAACCAAGGGCAAAAAGGGGUAUCAGUAUCACAAAGAAGUGCAUAUUUGGAAAUUCGCAGAAGCAAAGAUCCUGAUGCAUCCAUGCCUGAUAUCAUAUCCUCUAAAAUCGACAAUUUGGAUGCAGUUGAAGCAGGUGCAGAGAAUUCAGACAAGUUAGAAAAGUCAAGAUCCAAGGAGAACCAAACAACAGGAGAUGCAGAGAGCAGCUCAAAUGAUUCCAUGUCUUCUCAUAAAAACGAACCUAGUUCUGUGCAGAAAGAAACCAAAAAUGACGAUUCUGCCCCUAGUGAGACACAUGGAUCAGAUUCAGAAGAAAGUGGCGAGUCAACAGAUGUACAAACACCAGAUGGAAAAGAAUCAUCAACUUAUGAUGAUUCUGACAUGGCAGGAUUCACAGACGACGAACCUCUUGGUGUGUGGAAGGCUCGAGUUGGAAAAUCUGGUGAAGGCAAAUAAGUUGUGUAGCAUGUAUGGACUACUGUGGUGUAUCUUGUUCAGUUAGGGAGAAUUAAGAUGAGAAAACAAACAACUAUUUUACAUCAAAUGGUUACUACACCAAUAAUAUAAAAUGGGACUCAAUGGUUACAUGUGAAAAGUGUGAUAUGUAGAACCUUUGAAACCAUGGUAGGUGUUGUGUUGAAAGUGUAUGUGUAGAAUGUAUGAUUAAUUGUGUUGAUUAUUAUUGUAGGUUUUGUAAUUUUAAGUGCAACAGCAAUAGUUGACAAGUGAAAUGUAACUUGUAUUGUUUGAUUGUAGUUGGUAGAUUAAUUAGCUUAAUUGGUUAUGUUAUGUACACACAUUAUGGUGUUAUAUCAUCAAACAUAUUUUAUUUUUAGACAAAAGCAAAGUAAACAAUGGCUAAUGUGCA